AUGGUUCUCAUGGAGAGCUACUUCUUUUGCGCCUCGGUUCGACUGGGUGUUCUGGUCAUCUGCUUUGUGGCCGCCCUGAAGAGCACCAUCAUCAUGUGGUUGAUCUUCACCAAUGGCACCGCCUUUCUAUUUUCCAUCAUUCGCAUUUUCGAGUCCCAUUACAAGACGAGUGCUAUAGUCCAUGACUCUGCCAACUGGAUAGAGCAGUAUCCCAAGGAGCUCAUGAUGUUCUUCCAACUCUACAACUUUUGUCACAUUGUGACUUGCACUGUUGCAGCCUAUGGAGCGUACAAGCUCAAAAAGUACCACGUUAUACCUCUGGCCAUCUUUGAAUUCUUGUACACUGUCCAAGUUGUGGUCCUCGUAAUCAUUUCCCUUCGGAUUGCCAGGCACAUUGUGCCUUUGGCCACGUUGAUUCUGCUAACCCUCGGCUUAACCUUCUACGCAAUGUUAGUUGCCUACGACACCCUGGCGCUGAUUGCCUUCAUAGAGAUUAUGUUUCUGGUGUGGAGUGAACGAUACCAACGACUGUAUGGAGCGGAUCCUUUAAAUCCCGUGCUCAUGGAUAGGUCCUUAAAGGGAAUGCCAGACAACCCUUCUCCUGUCUUGCAGCAACCAAUAAUAAUAUAUGUAAUGCCAAAGGUUGGGCAAAAAUUAUGGGACAUGCAACCACAAAAAUGGUGGAAGAACGAAAUUAUUCAGAAGGAAAUUGAGGAAAAAGAAGACUCCUCUGAUUAUUUUCAGCGAGAGGAACUUCUGUCAAAGGUCCUGCUACGCAACGCCAUAAACGGAAAGCAUUUAAAAGUAUAAAAUUAUUUU